UUUAUGGAAGCCUUUUCUCUCUCUCUCUCUCUCUCUCUCUUUCUCAAACUCCCAACUCAAAACUUGCAUUCCCAUUUGCAUUUCAAUUUCAUCGCCAAUCCUUUCUCAUCUGCCAAACAAUGAGCAACGUCCAUGAGUACAGAAUGUUCAAGUACUUCAACAGAAAGUUCGCCGUCUCCGAUCAAUCCCCUCCGCCGGACGUCAAGGAACUCUUCUCCUCCUUCGCCGACGGAGCCCCCGCCAUGUCCGCCGACCAGCUCCUCCGCUUCCUCCACGACCACCAACUCGAACCCCACUACACCGCUGAGGAUUCCGCCCGCAUCCUCCAAAACGUCUUGCAAUCGCGCCAACAAAACGACGACGCAGAAUGCGACCCCCCAGACGGACUCACCCUCGACGAGUUCUUCCGCUUCUUGUUCCUCGUCGAUUACAACGAUCCUCUCAAAUCACAGGUACAUCAUGAUAUGAAUGCUCCGUUAUCACAUUAUUUCAUAUAUACCGGGCACAAUUCCUAUCUGACUGGGAAUCAGCUGAGCAGCGAUUGCAGUGAUGUGCCAAUCAUAAAGUCUUUGCAACGAGGUGUUCGAGUAAUUGAACUUGAUUUAUGGCCAAAUUCAACUAAAGAUGAUAUCGACGUAGUUCAUGGAAGGACACUUACUGCUCCUGUCUCACUUAUCCAAUGUUUGAAGUCCAUAAAAGAGUAUGCUUUUGUUAAAUCUGAAUACCCAGUCAUUAUAACCUUAGAAGACCACCUUACACCAUUUCUUCAAGCUAAAGCUGCAGAGAUGAUAACUCAAAUAUUUGGAGAUAUGCUCUAUUAUCCUCAGACAGAUCUUGUGACAGAAUUCCCCACACCAGAAUCUGUGAAAGGUCGAAUUCUUAUAUCAACCAAACCACCAAAAGAAUAUCUUGAAUCCAAGCAAUUCAAGGAUAGUGACAGUGAAAGGGAAUCUGUUGAUGAAGGGUCGGCCUCACCAUGCAUUAUCGGUGAAGUGGAAGUUGAUGAGAAGCUGAAUGGAAGUGAUCUUGAAGAGGAAGGCUUGACUACUCGUGAUAAAAAACCAGACCAACCUAGUGCAUUUGAAUACAAGCGUUUGAUCACAAUCCAUGCUGGGAAGCCAAAGGGUCCUGUAAGAGACCACUUAAACAUUGCUGGGGAUGUAAAACGCUUGAGCUUGAGUGAACAGGAACUUGAAAGGGCCUCUGCCUCAUAUGGUUCUGAUAUUGUUAGAUUUACUCAGAAGAAUAUUAUCAGGGUAUAUCCAAGGGGAACACGUGUCACCUCCUCAAAUUACAGGCCUCAUAUAGGGUGGAUGUACGGAGCUCAGAUGGUUGCAUUUAACAUGCAGGGGCAUGGAAAAUCACUCUGGUACAUGCAAGGGAUGUUUAGAGCAAAUGGAGGGUGUGGUUAUGUGAAAAAGCCUUUAUUUCUAAUAGAAGAAGACCCAGAAAAUAAGGUUUUUGAUCCUAAAAGAACAUCGCCGGUGAAGACGACAUUAAAGGUUAAAGUAUACAUGGGGAACGGGUGGAGCACAGAUUUUAGCAAAACAUACUUUGAUGCAUUUUCUCCUCCGGACUUUUAUACAAAGGUAUGCAUUGUUGGAGUACCAGCUGAUAAAGCCAAUAAGAAGACCAAGGUAAUUCAAGAUGAUUGGUUUCCUGUGUGGGACGAAGAGUUUGAAUUUCCCUUGACUGUUCCAGAACUAGCCUUGCUUCGAAUUGAAGUUCGGGAGUAUGAUAAGCAUGAAAAGGAUGACUUUGGCGGGCAAACAUGUUUGCCAAUCUCUGAGCUAAAAUCUGGUUUCCGGGCAAUCCCUUUACAUGAUGAGAAAGGCGAGCAAUUAAAAUCUGUAAAGCUUUUAAUGCGGUUUCAGUUCACAUGAACUAUAGGAAUAUGACAUGCUCUCAUAUUCCUAGGUGCUUUUCCUUUUAACUAGUGACUAGGGCCAUCAAAAAGAUCGUUGUAACUAUAGAUUAUCUUCUUCUGUAACUGUUUGAAACAAUAUUAUGAUCAAGAAGAUUGUUGUAACUAUAGAUUAUCGCUUGAAAAAAUAUUUUGGC